UACAUACGGAUUUUAUCCCACCAUCUUUUCAGGAUAUAAUAUCAUCAUUGAAAAGGAAAAGUGUAAUGAUAGGUUUCCACCCAGUCUGAUCUGCACAAUUUGUCAUCCAUGAUGUGGGAACUCCGCUCUGUGGCCUUCACUCGAGCUAUCCUUGCUGAAUUCCUAGCCACGCUCCUCUUUGUCUUCUUCGGCCUGGGCUCAGCUCUGAACUGGCCUGCUUCCCCACCAAACGUCCUCCAGAUCUCCUUCGCAUUUGGCUUGGCCAUUGGGACCUUGGUUCAAGCGGUAGGUCAUGUCAGCGGAGCCCAUAUUAACCCUGCAGUGACAGUGGCCUGCCUGGUGGGCUCUCAAGUCUCCUUCCUCAGGGCCAUCUUCUACGUGGUGGCACAGAUCCUAGGAGCUGUGACGGGGGCUGCUCUCCUGCAUCAAAUCACUCCGCCUCAUAUUCGGGGCAGCUUGGCCAUCAACAGGGUGCAAAAUAACACAACAUCAGGACAAGCUGUCGCCAUGGAGAUUUUCCUCACUUUUCAAUUGGUCCUUUGCAUUUUUGCCUCCACUGAUGAUCAUCGGACCGACAAUCUGGGAUCUCCAGCUUUGUCCAUUGGUUUCUCUGUCGUCCUGGGUCACCUCAUUGGAAUCUACUACACUGGCUGUUCCAUGAAUCCUGCCAGAUCUUUUGCCCCUGCUGUGAUUCUUGGUGAAUUUGACAAUCAUUGGGUCUUCUGGCUGGGUCCCAUGGUUGGAGCAGUGGUGGCUUCCUUGCUCUACAAUUAUGCUUUCUUCCCUCAUAGAAAGACUCUGUCAGAGAGGCUAGCAAUCUUCAAAGGCUAUGAGCCAGAAGAGGACUGGGAAGAGCGUGAAGUUCGCAGGAGGCAGUCAGUGGAGCUGCAUUCUCCCCAAUCUUUGCCUCGGGGAGUGAUGGAAAAAGUCUAAAGAGCCUGAGAGCCAGUAAAAGGAGCAGGUCAUAGCUAACCAUGUUCUUCUGAGCCAAAUAUGCAUCCAUAUAUGCUACAGAUACAGAGUGUGUAUUAAGAACUUCCUGGGUCAGAGUGGCUGUUCAUCUGUUAUAGACAUCCAAGUGUGUAUCCGUUUUCUCCUCAAUUUGUAAAAGAUGUACCUUUCGAUCUCCAGGAUGUUGAUCUAGAUCAAAAGGAGCAUGUAGCAGCCUGUUUGUAUACACUGAUGAAAGAAUUCACUGAUUGUUUUCUUCUUCUCUGGUUCAAGCUAGCUAAAUUUCACAUGAACUUUCAAGAACCUUGCAUGAAGAAUUCGAGAAAUUCUUCAUCUCCCUCCCUCCAUCAUCUCUCUAUCUAGUUUGGGUAUCUUGUCCCCUCCCCAGGCACUACAAUGGCAGGUUCUGGAGGUAAUAAUGGUAUCCAGAAUUAUGGCUGAGAAAAUUUAGGAAACAGAAACAAUACUCUCCUAGGUCUUGUAAACAGAUUGCACUGUCAUUAUUUACUUCAAAGUGUGCAAGCUUACGUAGUAGCUUUAGGUUGCAAUCCUAAAUAUACUCCCUAAAGAGUAAAGACCAUGAAAUAGAAUAGGAAUCGAGUAAGCACGCAUAGGAUUAUUCUACCCAUCACAUAAUCAGCCAUCCUAUCAUUUUACUCCUCAUCCAGUUUCUCACGGUGUACACAAUGGUUUUCUUGUCUAUAGUUUUAUAUAUUUUAUUAAAAUACAAUGUAAUGCUUAUGCUGAAUUUUAGAUCAAACAAAGAUCGGGAGAUCUUAAGAGCAGAUCUAUUUGUUGCAGCCACAUUCUUUUUUUUUUUUUUAAAUCAAAGGUGUUUGUAACGAACCUGCUCUAUAUCAUUGCAUUUUGUUUUGUUUUUUUCUCCAGGCUUUCUUAAAUUACAACUUCAUUAAUACUUUCAGAUGGUGGGAGGGCAUCUACCAGUAUCUGGUAGAAAUCAAAGGGAAGAAACAAACCUAAAUUUGGCUAAAUUAGGCCUUGGCCACUUUUCCCAACUAUAUUGUUCUAUAGAAAGAAACUUGUGAAUUCACCUUAAUUGGUUUAUUAGGCAAGAUUUGUUUUCCAUUGCUGUACAUGUGGUAUUCAUUUUGCAAAGCUUGAAGCAUGUUGCCUUGGAUCAUUUUUCCAUGCAAUUGGGAGCAGGGUGGGUAUGUUUUAAUCAAAGCAGCAUUUGCGUA